AUGUCUUCUCCCUCUGAUGCCACUCAAGCUCUAGCGGACACUAUGCCAGCUACCAUUCCUCGGACUCUGGACGUUGGGAGUCUCAGCUCUGUCGACGAACGCAUCACAACGAAACCUGAAGACACUGAGGCACCCUCUCUGACGACACCUCCCGCGACCCGCGAACCAGCUACUCCCAACGCCGACGGUGAUCAGACUGACAAGGUUGCCGACCCGAACGUGAACGCGCCCGAACCGGCCAAAUCGAUUGCGACUGAUACCGUCGAGCCAGACAAGGUCUCUGAACCAGCUCCCAAGGACAAAGGCCGUGACUGUAAGAUAUUCACCCUUACGCUCGUUAGACAUGGCCAGAGCAUGGGCAAUGCGUUCUCUCGCACGAUACAUACAGCCCAGGAGUGCGAAGAAGACCCCCUGACAGAAAGAGGAAAAUAUCAAGCCAAAUCUCUCGGCGAAGAGUUCAAGAACGUUCGCAUCGACAAGAUCAUCGCCUCAACCUACACCAGAGCUACCCAGACCGCCCAAGGCAUCGCCGACGAACAUUGUGAACCUCUCACCGUCGAACAAUCUGAAUGGCUGAUCGAACGUGAAAUCGGGGACAGCGCUCGAAGUGCUUCAAUCCGCCAAGACUCCUACAGCUACAACCGACUCGUGAACGGCUGGGGGAGGUAUCCCAACUUUGACAGACAUCAUACACCCCCCGGUGGCGAAUCUCUCAACGAUGUCCAGUGGCGCGCGCAUGUUGCGCUGAAGCGGAUAGCUAGGUUGUACGGAAAGAAUAUCGGAGGUGAGCGUGCUCAGGCGGAGGAGUGGUCGAAGUUGAAAGAGCACCGCGAGGACCGCUUGUGCAAGCCGGAUGAUAUUCCCGAAGACAUUCCCCAUAUCGUUGUCGUCAGCCAUAACAUAUUCCUCUGCGAGUUUUACGAGUUGCUUCUGAACUGGGACCGGGAGAAAAUUCACAAGACAACGUCGACUGAUUACAGGAAUACUGAAUGGAGUCGCCAUGUUAUCAAGUAUGAGCUCCCGACACCUGGAGACCCGUACAGCCGGAAGAAUACCGUGGAAUUCAUCGACUACAAGAGAUGUCUCAUGUAG